AUGCCUAAACGACCAAAAAUUGUCUCCGUAUACAAUGACGUUGAUAAAGAAAACACUCAGCAUGUUGUCCUCCCAAUUGUUACUCGAGACGAGGCAUCUCAUAGAAGAAAAUUAAGAAAAUUAAUCUUGGAUAAUAAGAAAUCAAAUGUGGGAACUACAUCGUCAUCCCUCAAUAUUGAUUCCACUAAUAUUAAUUCCACUUCUACUCCGUGUGUUACAUCUGAUAACAUAGUCAACAAAAUUGGUUUUCACAAUUUUGAAUCCACUCCUGAGGUGACUAAUAAUGUUAAUUCAAGUCUUUCAAGUAUUGUAACAACGGGUAACAAUAUUUGUAGUACCAGCAAUCGUACAACGACAAAAAACGAUAUUGGGAAUAAUAUUUCAACUGGCAUCACAUCAACCACCUGCACAUCAUCAUUGAACCGUAAUUUGCAAAGGCUAUCAUCUGGCAAACGUAAGUUGGUAUCCAAAGCACGUAUUUCGUCUCCUAUACCAAUGAUCGACUUGACCACAGAUGAAACCGUAGUACGAGAUCCUUAUAAAGGUGUUUCUACAGAUUAUUUAGAUCACGGUGAUCAAGUUAUUACUUGUGAAGUUUGUUAUGCAAAGUUAUGGGACGCAGAGAAAGGAAGCGGAAGAAAAGAGGGUGGCAAAAUAUGUCAUAUGUUAUGUUGUGGUUAUGCCAAAGUUGUGUUACCGGAUUACAAAACCGCGACACCUUAUUAUAAAAGUCUAUUCAUGUCAAAUGACAAUGAAAGCAAGCACUUUUUGAAGAACAUUCGACGAUACAAUUCUAUGUUCGCGUUUACCUCAAUGGGUGGUAAGGUUGACCAAACCGUGAAUACUGGUAAUGCUCCUUUUUGCUACAGAAUUAGUGGUGAAAAUUACCAUUCUAUUGGUAGUCUUGUGCCACCAAACGGAGUGAAGCCUAAAUUUUGUCAGUUAUACAUAUACGAUACUGAAAAUGAGUUGGCAAACAGGACUUCAGACAAUGCUUCCUCAUCAUCCACUUCAGAUGAAACCGAUAAUAAGCUGAUACAACAAAUCAAAGCAAUGUUUGAUGCCGAAAAUGUGCUUGUGAAAAUUUAUAGGAUGGUUAGAGAUUGCUUCCAACAAAAUCCUUAUACCACUUUAAAGCUUCACCUUAUUGGCAAAAGAGAACAAGAUGGUCGGACUUAUAACUUACCUACUUCCUCAGAGGUUGCUGCUCUUAUUGUUGGAGAUAUCGAUAACGCACUUGAGAAAAGAGAUAUCGUUGUCGAGACACAAACAGGUUCAUUAAAAAGAAUAAGUGAAUUGCAUCCAUCCUAUCUUGCACUUCAGUAUCCUAUUUUGUUCCCAUAUGGAGACGACGGUUACAGAAUUGACAUACCACAUAGGGGUGUCAUUGAUGUUACUAACAAGAAACGUCCGAAUUGUACAAUGAGAGAGUUUUUUGCGUAUCGUGUACAAGAUCGUAGUAACCAGUUUUCAUUGAUUCUAAAUUCUCGACGCUUAUUCCAACAGUUUUUGGUUGAUGCUUAUACGAUGAUUGAGAGCGAGCGACUUAACUUUAUAAGAUUUCAGCAACAAGAUCUCAGGUCUGAUACAUAUGAGAAUAUCCGGAAACUAAGAUAUAACGGCCAACAAGAUUUGUCUAAGGUUGGAAAACGUAUUUUCCUUCCAUCUUCCUUUACAGGCGGGUCACGAUAUAUGAUGCAAAACUAUCUUGACGCAAUGGCAAUUUGUAAAUGGUAUGGUUAUCCAGACUUUUUUAUAACCAUUACCUGUAAUCCCAAAUGGCCGGAGGUUCAAAGGUUUCUUAAGGACACAAAUCUUAAUCCGGAGGAUAGGCCUGAUAUUUUAUCUCGAAUUUUUAAAAUAAAGCUGGAUGCCAUUUGUAAAGAUUUGAAAGACCGUGAUUUGUUUGGAAAAGCUUCUGCUGUUGUUUACACUAUUGAGUUUCAGAAGCGAGGAUUGCCUCAUGCACAUAUGUGCUUAUUCAUGGAGAAUGAUUACAAACUUCCAACUGUAGACCAUGUUGAUCAGUUUAUUUCUGCAGAAAUCCCUGAUUUAAACCAAGACCCGGAACUAUAUACGCUUGUGAAAGACCAUAUGAUUCACGGUCCAUGUGAAGAAGAGAUGACGGUUCCUUCGUUUCAAAAAAAUAAAAUUCAGUUAGACAAUAGAAGUGUUGUACCUUAUAACAAAAAGCUUUUGAAAAGAUAUCAGGCGCAUAUAAACGUUGAAUGGUGCAACCAAGCGGCGUCAAUAAAGUAUUUGUUCAAGUAUAUUAAUAAAGGUCCUGAUAGAGCAACAGUUGCUGUGGUUCCGAGCAACAAUGAAAACGAACAAGCAGAAAAUGAUGAAAUUAAAGAGUAUUAUGACUGUAGGUAUAUAUCUGCGUGUGAAGCGUCUUGGAGGAUUUUUUCUAAUGAAGUUAAUUAUAGGAGUCCUUCUGUUAUGCGUCUUCCUUUCCAUCUUCCUGGACAACAAACAGUUUGUUUCGGUCCUGAUGAAGAUAUUAAUCAAGUGCUAAACAAACCAUCUGUGAACUCAUCAAUGUUUUUAGCUUGGAUGCAACGUAAUCAAGAUCCUAACGACCAUGUUGCACGUACACUAACAUACGUACAGUUUCCGCGUUUUUAUGUUUGGAAGCUUGACAAGCGUAUAUGGGUUCCGAGAAUAAAAGGAAAAACAAUUGGAAGAAUUCAUUCCGUUUCUCCUUCUACCGGUGAAGCAGAUGCUUGCUAUGCGCUUGGUUUGUUGGAUGACGACUCUGAGUAUAUUGAGGCCAUCAAAGAAGCAAAUAUAUCAGGUAGUGCAGGUUAUAUUCGCAAUUUAUUCGCCACCAUGUUACUGUCAAGCACAUUAUCUAGACCUGAAGUUGUCUGGGAAAGCACAUGGAAGUAUAUGACAGAUGAUUUUCUGUACAGAUUCUCAAAGUAUCAUCGUGUUUCAGGUUUAUCAAUUCCUGAUGAGCAACUAAAGAACUACGUUUUAUGCGAAAUAGAGAAGUUUUUAACUCGGAAUAAUUCAUCGCUUCGGAGAUUUUUAUCAAUGCCUUACCCGGAUACUUCAUCUUUAGAUAACUUUCGCUGCCGAUUGAUUAACGAAGAGCUUGCUUAUGACAGAACAGAGUUACAAAAUGUUUAUCAAGGUCAGGUGAAUUUGUUAACGGAUGAACAACGUGCAGUAUAUGAAGAAAUUAUGAACGCAGUUCAUGGAGACAAUGGAGGAGUAUUUUUUGUAUACGGUUAUGGCGGGACCGGUAAAACGUUUUUAUGGAAAACAUUAUCUGCUGCAAUUAGGUCAAAAGGUCAGAUUGUAUUAAACGUUGCAUCUAGCGGAAUUGCAUCAUUGCUGUUGGAGGGAGGAAGAACGGCUCAUUCUAGGUUUCAUAUACCUUUGAAUCUUAAUGAGGAUUCCGUUUGUCAUAUAAAACCAGACGAUGAUGUAGCUAAAUUACUACAGCAGACCAAACUCAUUAUAUGGGAUGAAGCUCCUAUGGUUCAUAAACAUGCAUUUGAGGCUUUGGAUAGAACUAUGCAUGACAUUUUCAAUAUAUCUAAUCCAUCCAGGUCUGAUGUUUUAUUUGGAGGGAAGGUGAUUGUAUUUGGUGGUGAUUUUAGGCAAAUACUACCUGUUGUUCCAAACGGUGGACGUCAAGAAAUUGUGAAUGCCUCAUUAUGUUCUUCUUAUCUGUGGAGUAAGUGUAAGUUGUUGACGUUAUCUAGAAACAUGAGGUUAACUGUUGGAAGACCAUCAUCUGAAGUUGAAGAGAUUAGUAAUUUUGCAAAAUGGUUGUUGGACGUUGGCGAGGGAAAUGUUGGUGGUUCCAAUGAUGGAGAAGCAAUAAUUGAAAUACCACCUGAGCUUUUAAUUGAUAGCAUAUCUGAUCCAAUUUCUAGCCUGAUUGAUUUUGUUUAUCCGUCAAUCUUGGAUAAUUACAAUGAUCCUAAUUACUUUAGUACAAGAGCUAUACUUGCGCCUAAGAAUGAGGUUGUUCACGAGAUUAACGAUAGAUUGUUGGCAGUUUUCCCUGGUGAAGAAAAAGAGUAUCUUAGUUCUGACAGUCUAUGCCCUACUGAAGAUGGCAAUGUUGAUCAGCAAAAUAUAUAUUCUCCUGACGUGCUCAAUGGUCUCAAAGUGUCUGGUUUACCAAAUCAUAGGUUAGUGCUUAAAGUUGGCGUUCCAGUAAUGUUGUUGCGAAAUAUUGACCAACGAAAUGGUUUGUGUAACGGUACAAGGUUAAAGGUCACAAAACUUUACAGCCGUGUUAUUGAAGCUGAGAUAAUUUCUGGUGGUAAUAUUGGUUCUCGGACAUUCAUACCUAGAAUCAAUUUGGUACCUUCGGACCGAAAGAUUCCUUUUGCAUUUCAAAGGAGGCAAUUUCCAAUAACUGUAUGUUUUGCAAUGACGAUUAACAAAAGCCAGGGACAGUCGCUAUCUAAGGUUGGGUUGUACCUAAGACAACCAGUUUUCACACAUGGUCAAUUGUACGUAGCUUUAUCCAGGGUUACAAGACGAGAUGGAAUCAAGUUACUAAUACUUGACAAUGAUGGCAGGCCUACAAAUAAAACAACCAAUGUCGUAUAUAAAGAGAUAUUCAAUGGAUUGUGA